CUAAACCUCCCGUCCUUGCCAAGCAACCUUCUGUUCUCUCGCUAUAAAUUCUCCUCUCAUCUUCUUCAUUUCGCAUUCAAGCUUGGUUUCUUAUAUCUUCUUCUUCUUCUCCUUUUUUCCUAUCUACGUACGUUACAUAUUUAUAUGGCAUUUUCGAGAUACACCGUUACUGCUUCACUUCUUCUUGUCUCUCUUCUGCUCCUCCAUCUUGCAGAAGCUCAAGAAAAGAUUAGCAUCAAUGGAGCAAAUGAGCCUGCACAUGCCCCUUCAAGCCAGACCAUAGAUUGUGGAGUGGCAUGCGAGGGAAGGUGCAAAAUGUCAAAAAGGCUCCGUCUGUGCCAAAGGGCUUGUGGGAGCUGCUGCGCCAAGUGCAAAUGUGUGCCUCCCGGGACUUAUGGCAACCUUGAGUUCUGUCCUUGCUAUGCUAACCUUACCACUCGUAAACAAGUUCGCAAAUGUCCUUGAACCACAUCUAAUGGGUGCUUUUCGGGCAGUAAUUGCUAGUCACUACCAAGGACAAAACUAAUAUGCCCUGCAAUUCUUCUAUUCUUUGCUUCUGUCUGUGUUGUGAAAUAAAUUAAUAUUAUUGGUUGUACUAUGAUUUUCUUUUCUUUAAUGUUAAAUUAAUAAUAAAGAGAUGAUGCUAUCUCACUUCAUUUUCA